AUGCAAACAAAUACGCGAACUUGCACGCGAUAUUUUAACAGGCCGGUGAUUAUUGUUCCCUCUGACAAUAUUCGGUUGUGUAGAAAACCAUUGGAUGGUACAACGACCACCGGAAGUUCUUAUAUUUAUCAUGGAGGUUACAGACCAGUUUUUAAUUUUAAACCAAAAUCAAAUUACGUACGUAGUCAAGCUGUAUCGGCUAGUGAGACCACACAUAAGCUAAGUUACCAGCCAUUCCCGAUAGAGAAACGAGAAAAAUUACCUUGGGCUCAGAAAAAAAUUUACAGACCGCCGAAAACAGGUUUGGACACAUUUACUACGUACUCACAGAGUUAUAUUCCGAUUUAUGGGGUACAUAAAGAAAAGCCGAUUAAACCUCUUCAGAAUACAGAAUGGCUUGGGAGAAAAUAUAAUUUCAAUGGCAUGAGUUCUUACAACGAAGCUUUUAUUCCAUUACCAAUUGAACACGUAGUGCCCCAGAUUCCUAGCGGGAAUAUUAUUUUAUCGAAUGAUCUAAUGGAGUCUGAAACGACGAGUAAAUUGAGCUAUCAAAAAUUCAAUGUCCAAAAAAGGCUGCCAAUAAAACCUCGGGCUAAAAAUACUAGAUACGAAGGUCCGAUGCAAACAUUGACGACUAAUAGAAUUGAUUAUCAAUUUAAAGUUACUUCGAGACCGGAAAUUAAAAUUCCAAGAGACAAUAUUCGUAAUUCAGAUGAGCCAAUUGAAGGAUUAACAACAUCAGCAAAUUCUUAUUUAUAUAAUGGUCCAAUUAAUUUAAGACAGAGUUUCAAACCGAUUAAAAAUUAUCAAAAAUUCGAUAUAUCGAAAAUGGAAAAAUAUAUAUUAUUUUUUUCAAUUAUUCUUUUUCUUUCAAUUAGACCAGUAGGUAAAUUUGAUGACAUCACAAUCAAUAAGUUAUCAUACCGGCCAUGGGAUCCAGUAAUUAAAGAAAAUUAUCCAUGGGCACAAAAACCAAAGUACAAAAAACCAACGCGACCCAUCGAUGAUAAUUCGAUCUACAAAAUAAGUUUCAUUCCUCCUGAAUACUAUUGUUACCAACAAUGCGAGGGUUCUUCAUGUCCAAGGCUUCCAACUAAUUCACAAAAUGUCAUGUGUCUAAAUUAAUAAAGUACUCGUUUUUUUUUUAGUUUUCAUAAGCUUAAAAUUUAUUAAAUUGCACUUCGAAAUUGUGCAUACAAUUUAAACAUUAAAAAUAAAAUUAAUAAUUAAUUAUUAUUAUUAAAAUAUAAAUUUAUGGCCGUGUCCAAAAAAAUUAUUUUUAUAUAAAAUAUUUAUUAUUUAUGCACUGGACAUUUAUAGUUUUGUUAAACAGGCCGUUUUACCAGAGAUCAAUAUUUAAUAUAUUUUUAAAUAUAUUAUAAUAAUUAUAAAUUUUGUUAUUAUUUAACAAUAAUCUUAAACUAAAAAAAAAUAUUAUCUUAUAUAGUUUAGACUCUUUUCAAAGGCCAGCAAUCUUAAAAUAAAAAUACAUUUAAAAAUAGCUAAUAAUCAUAAACUUUAACUUGCACCCUCCUGAAGGCUUGUUCACUUUUUGUAAACAUGUGAGGAAAAAAAUUUAUUUUGACCGUGUAGUUUAAUACAGAAUUAAAAGUGCUUUUCAAUGAGUACCCACAAGCCAGACUUAUUUUACAUAAUUACAGACAUAUAUAUUUUUAUAUAAAUAUAAAUUAUAUAUUUAAAUCUUUUAACUCUUUAGCUCUUGAGCUUGAAACCCGACUUCUUGUUUACACGGACCGCUAUGAAAUUGAAAUGAGCCAUUAGUAGUAGCAGCAGGAGGGUAUUAGAAAAAAAAGUAUUUCAUUUUUUAAAAUUCAAAUUUGCCGCAUAAACAUUCCUACAGUACUAGUACUGCACACAAAGUAGAGUUAGAAUGAGUGGAAAGAGAAACACUAAUAAUCUCACAUUACACGCAUACUAAUCAAAACUCCCAAAUGCUAUAGGGUGAAACUAUAAAAAAUUAGGACCUGUUGGUACUCAAUUGAAAGAGCUUUUAAUUUUUUAUUUAAUUACGCCCAAUAAUUUUUUUUUUUUUUACUUUUUCUUACCACACUUUGAUAGAGGAUCAAAUUCCCUUUCAAAUGAGUACCACCAACGUAUAUUUAUUUUCAGCAAUUACAAAAACAUAUAUAUGGACAUAAGUACAUAUAUAUGUAUCUUAUAAAUAAAUAAAAAUAAAUAUGGAUUAUUGGUACUCAUUUUAAAUGAAAUUUAAUUCUCUCAACAACUGCAAAAUCAAAUUUUAAAAAAUUUUCAUCCUCACAAGCUUUAAUGAGUCAAAAAGUAAUUAAUGAUACUUUUAGUGUACCUAUUUAUCACAAAUAGUUACGAUAGAUUUUUUAAUAACGAGUUUCUUUUAACCUAAGGCACAUGAUUGUCAAUUAAAUCAUAUUUAAAAAAAAAAUUUUUUUUUUUACUCUAAAAAAAAUUACAAUACACAUUAAAUAUUAAUAGUAAUAGAUAUAAUUUAUCUACAACUUUGGGACUAUAAUAAACAUAAAAAAAUCCUUCGAAAAUUUUCUCUUCCAUUAAUUUUUUUUUUUUCGGCUGUGUCAUUAUUGUAUAAAAUUUGGCUAAUUAACAAUUAAUCAAAAUAAUGAUAAACAAAAUACAACAUAUAAUUCCUUAUAGUUCUUUUUUUGAAAUCGAUAAAAAUUCAAAUUUUUCUACUCAAAAAGUUAUUUUCAAAGUUUUUUUUUUGAUAGAUCGAUUAAUUUCUCAAAAUGAUUGAAAAAUUAUUUCAAAAAAUAUCAAUUCAAACGGAAGUUAUUGUAAUUUUAAAAAUGAAAAAAUAAAACGCAAUAAAACGCAAAAAAAUUCGAUCGUUACUAAAAUAAAAAUAUCGGAAAUUGAGUUUUUCAAAAUAUUCUUUCUUCUGAUUCCUUCUAAAAAAUUCAAAUAAAAAUUUAAAAAAUUAUAUUUCGAAAAAAGUCAUUGGAAAAUAUUUUUCACUCAAAAUAGUUUAAAUUAAUUUUUGAAAAUAUUUUUGAGGCAAACAUAUUUUUCGAAAUUUUCUAACUCGAGAUUUCAAUUUGCAUGUUAGUUUAGAAAAAAAAAAACAAUUUCUAAUAAAAAAACUUCCACGAAAAAUUUCAAGUGUCCAUAUCAAAAUAGUGAUAAAUCUUUCAAAAAUUAAAAUUUUUUGAUAAAUUUUUUCUUAUAUACAAUCUGUAGAAUCAGUGCAACCUAUCGAGAUAAAAUAAAUUUUAAUAACUAUUUUUCCAGCGGGAACUCAAUUACCAGUUAAUUUUUUUUUCAUAUUUUGGUUGUGUAAAAUAUAUACACAUAAGUAUAUAUAUAUAUAUAUAUAUAUAUAUAUAUAUAUUGAUGGAAAAUAAAAGUUUAGCAGUAGCCUUAUAAUAAAAAUA